AGGGUGAAAGGGGAGCAGUAGAAGCCACGGAGCGUGGCGGAGCAUACCAAGUCCGGCUCCGGCUUUGGGUUGGUGCCGUGGUCUUGAUUCCCGUGUGUGUCUUAGGGAAGGGAAGGCCGGCACGGUCGGUAAGUGAUCAGCUUGCUCUCUUGUUUGCCACGGUGUGGUCGACAAUCAACUGAGACUUGGGCGCAAUGCCGGUCUGUUGGGGCUGUAUCUUGGUGUACAGCUUUUGGACAGGCGCAAUCAGGUGGGGUCUUCAUUGUUUCUUAUGUCACCCCGCGAUUUCUGCCCGGACAGAGAUCGUGAAUCCCGGGUCGACGAAUGUAUCGCUUACAAACGAUGGUGGUCAGAUAUUGCUUCUUCCUCUUUUUCUUCUUCGUGCUCUUCCAUUUUCCGAGUUGUCGGGACAAGAAAACAGGAUGAGAGACACCCCAGUCAAUAGUAACUCGUCUAGGUACUGCACCGUUUCCGGUUCCCCCGAUGAAGGACUUCAACAAUCGUGUUGAACAGACGUCAAUUGCGACCCAAAGGAGAAGGAGAUUCGGGCUGCCCUCG